GCGGCGGCGAUGAUGCUCAGGCCGCAGGACCACGAGAACAGCCUGUGGGAGCGGAUCUGUGACGAGUAUGAAGCUGAACAGCCUCCAUUUCCAGAGGGCUAUAAAGUAAAAGAGGCUACUGUGGCUUCUGCCAUACCAAAGGAGUCGACAAUUUUGAGCCAUUUUAAUGUACAGCACUUUUAUCCAGUUUCCCUAGACUAUUCUGUGAUCCAAAAUUUGCCUCCACCACCACUUCCGGAAGUUCCAGAAGUAAUUGAUCCCAAAACUUGUUCUCCUAAAAACUAUUUAGAAACUUACAUAUUUCCAGUCCUAUUACCUGGAAUGGUUGAACUGCUCCAUCAAGCGAAGAAGGAAAAAUGUUUCGAGAGAAGAAGAACAAAAUUUAUUGCCUGCGAUUUCCUGACUGAAUGGUUGUACAAUCAGAAUCCAAAGAGGACUGAUGAAUCCUUCACUGAAUUCUUCUCCAUCCCAUUUGUGGUGGAUUGGCUAAAGGACCAUCCUAGGCCACCGGUUCCUCUAUCUCUCCUCUUGUCAGAAGAAGCAGCAGCUUUAAUAAUUCAGUCAUUCUGGUGGGGUUAUCGGAUUCGUUGUGAUCCCGAGGUCCAAGAACUACGUCAGUGGCAGAAACAGCUGAGGGAAGAUAAACACAUUCAUGAGAGAGUGAAAGAGUUCUGGAAUAAACAGGAAAUAAAAGUGAAAUGCAAAUUAGAUGACUUUGGUGAAGAAUUACCAGCUGAUCCUUUGGACCUUGAAGUUUCACUCCAGUCACCAACUCCUCCAAGUGCAGUAAAUUUCACAACUUAAAUUUCAGGCAUCUCCUCAUUUCUUAGAAUUAGAAGAUACUUCUGCAUUGUCAGAGAAGCAUAUUAUUUGCAAAAAGUCCAGUAAAGAACGUACUACAAAAGUAUUAGUGUUUCUCCAGAAUCUUUUCAAAAAAUUCAGGAUGCGCCUACAGAAAACACUACUGCCUGAGUUUUACAUGGAGUUACUGUGAUAUGGCUUCACUUAUCACUUGGCAUCAGUGUUUGUCCUGCUUUUUUGAGCAGACAUCCCAACACAAAACAGAUUUGGCAGGCUGCUUUCAAAAUGGAGAGUUUUGAAUACACGCUCCCUCCAAACACUCAGACUAAAGCCAAGAAGACAUCGUAACCAACAACCAUGUCCUUAAGCACAGAUGUGUUAGUUUCCCCCGUUUUUGCUCACUGCUUGUCUCCAACUAUCUGCAGAGUUUCAUCUUUCAAGUUAGACCAAAACCCUCAAUUUGAGAGUGGAGAAGAUAUCCAAAGCUUCUGGUACAGUUUUGCAGGAUCAUAUUUCUUCCAAUUAGAUUUCUAUUCUAUUCCAUUCUAGUAGUUGAUUAGCAGUGUUAACAUGGAUCCAAACUGCUGAAAAGAAGUAUGAAGUAAGGGGAGGGGGGAAAUGAAAUGUGAUUUUUCUGAUUCUCACAGACCUAGGAAUAAUUGAGUUAUCUUAUUUAUAGUUAAAUUGGUAUCUAUAUCCUAUUCAUGCCACAGAGCAGCAACUGAAUGGCACUCAAAAUACUUGACUAUACCGGUGGAUUUUUUCAUUCAAAGAGGUUCAGAGGAAUGAUUUCAUUCAGUCUUUUUGGCAAGUUACCACAAACAUUGUAAGUAAAU